AUGAAGCGACCAAAAAAUAAAAAUCCAACAACUACACCCGGAGAAUACUAUCACACGUAUGAAGAAAGUUUUUAUUGGUAUUUCAACUUUUUUGAAGAUGAUGAUGACUAUUACUCAUGGCUCGAUUAUGUUCACGAAGUUCUAUACAUUCUCAGCAGAGUUUAUGUCGUUUUUUCAUUUAUCCAAUUUUUCAUCAACAUUUUCCAUAUGACGGUUUUAACCCGGAGAGAGCUCCGGACGAAUUUGGUCUACCAGGUCAUGAUUGCAAUUUGCAUUGGCGAGACGGCUCAAGCUUUUGUUACAAUGUUUGAUGAGUUUCUGACUUGGAACAUUUUUUACAAAGUUGAACUGUGGUGUGGAUAUCCAUAUUUUCAUUUAGUAAUCCGACGACUGGCUAUUUCAUCUCAAUUUUUGAGUAGAAGAUUCUCGGCGUUUCUUGGAUUGUAUAUUGCAGCGGUUCGCGCAUUUUCAGUCAUCUUCCCAAUGAGUGCAAUAACUCAUAAAAUAACAAAGCCUAACUCGGGAUUUAUGGUUAUGAGCGUAAUUGCGAUUGCGAGUACGGCCUGGAGCUCAUUUCAAUUCCUUCAAACCAGUAUUGAAAAAGUAACCAAAUAUUGUACCUAUAACCGACCAAGCUAUGUUCCGUACUUGCUCUUGAAUAAUGAAAAACUGGUGGAUAAAUUCAAUUAUGCUGAUAGCUGCAUUUCAUUAGUGGUCAGUACACUGUAUGUUUUUGUUGCGCUUGCUCUCGUGGUGGAGCUCCAACGGACAAAAAAGCGAAGGAAGAACUUGAGAAGCGAAAAACCCAAUAAUACGACAAAAUUGGUUGUAGUGAUGGCUGCAACAGUAUUCGUUUCCGAAUCCUUUUAUGGACUCCUUCGUUACAUUGCAUUUCAUACGUUUGCCGGUUAUGAAGAGCAACCCUUGAUUCAACAAUUUGCCGACAGGAUGCAACUGCUUGUCAUGGCGAGCUCUAUUGCACACUGUGUCAUUUGUUAUUGCAUGUCUUCUCAAUAUAGAGACACCUUGAAAAAAAUGAUUGGAGUUGGAAAAGAAGACAAAACUGUGAAGAUUGUCAUAGUUGAAACUACUACACACCCAACAACAGUGAACUCGUCGAAAUCUUCUUCAAAACCAGCAUAUUAA